AUGUCUAAUGAGGAUAUACUUGUACCGGCAGCAUUAUCCACUCAUCAGGAUGAGAGUGAUUUUACAUUCCAGAAGUUCGACAGCGAUUCUAUGGAGAGAUCAUUCUAUUUAGGCCCUUUGAGUAGUCAGGACGAACUAUGGGACAAACUGAUGCAGUAUUACUCUAUUGACAAACUGAUAGCAUAUCUACAGAGAAAUCCAGAAUACGUUCAAAUUACAUUACAAUUCCCUGAUACACUUGUGAAGGACAGUAGUUUUAUUAUACGUGCAUUGCAAGAUAAACUAGAUGGUGAUGGAGCUGGUAGGAAGUUUUGGGCUUUGGCUGAUACCGCUUAUAGUGCGUGCUGUGUCGACGAAGUUGCUGCAGAGCAUGUUAAGGGUGAUCUUGUGAUACAUUUUGGUGAUGCUUGUCUGAAUGCGAUUCAAAAACUUCCAGUAGUUUACGAUUUUGGUAAGCCUUUCCUUGAUACAGAUGUACUAUUGGCUUGCUUCACUGAAGAAUUCAAAGACAAAGAUCAAAAAAUUUGUUUGAUGUCUAAUGCAAGUUAUACACACCAUAUCCCAGACCUAUACUCCAGAUUAAAAUCUAAUGGAUACACAAAUGUUGUCUACUCUGUUGUAAAUACUGGCCUACUGACUGAAACUGCAGAGAUCAUUGAUAACACUACCCCUCUUUCGGAUACCGAUGAGCUUUUUACUCUUGGAAAUAGAGUAUUAAUGGGUGCAAGACAAGAAGAAGAUAUUGAUGAAGAAACCCUGAGAAAUGAGUAUGCAUUAUUCCAUAUAACUAUGCCUCAUGAUCCUCAUUUGCUUUACCUAACGACGGUAUUUGAGUCCAUUCACACAUAUGAUGUCGCAGACCAGGUUAUUUCGAAUGGACCUUACCCUUCUCUAACCAGAAGAUAUAAGAAUAUGCAUAAAGCAAGAACCGCUGGGUGUAUCGGUAUCUUGGUGAAUACGUUGUCUAUUAGGGGCACUAGGGAAACAGUAAACAAGUUAAUCAAGCUUAUACGAGAGAAUGGAAAGAAGCAUUAUUUAUUUGUGGUUGGUAAACCAAAUGUUCCAAAAUUAGCCAAUUUUGAACCCGUCGACAUAUGGUGUAUUCUGGGUUGUGGUCAAAGUGGUAUUAUCGUAGAUGAGUUUGGUGAAUUUUACAAGCCUAUCAUUACACCUUAUGAAUUGACGUUAGCAUUAAACUUUGAGGUGACUUGGACUGGUAAGUGGAUUAUUGAUUUCCAGAAGGCCAUCACAGAGAUUGAUAACAGUUUGGCAGAGUUAGGAAUUGACGAUAGUAAACAUGGCAAUGACUCAGACCACGACCUCGAUGCUCCAGAAUUUGAUGCGGUCACUGGUAAAUACGUCAGCAGUUCGAGGCCUCUAAGAGCACUGAAUCACUUGCAAUUGGAUGCGCCAAGUAAUGAGGAUAAACAAGUGAUGGCAAGAGUCAACGGUGGUACUGUCAUCAAGGGUACAGUAUCUACAGCCGUGGAGCACCUGGCCAACAGAGCAUGGACCGGAUUGGGUUCAGAUUAUAAAGAUGAUGAGGGUUACGAAGAAGAUGGUGCUACAGUAGAAGAAGGUAUCUCAGGUAUCGCCAGGGGAUACGAAUUCGACCAAGAGGACGCUGCCAGAAAGAGUCAAAAUCAGAGUCAAUGA